CUCAUAAACACUUCAUACGCAUAUAUCUUCUUUUCAUCUUUGGUUCUGGAUUCAUAAACCAAACAGAAACAUCAUCGCAUCUCACCAUGUCACUCCAAUAUCUCGACAGCCCGCCCAAGGCCGCCGACUUCACCCCGCUCUCAGAACACCAGCAACAGACGCCAGCUUCUUUCUUCGGCGCAAAUCCCGUUCUUCACGCCCACUAUGAAGCCAUGACUCUCUCCGUUGCUGCCGAUCAGCUUCAGCAAGACGCCGCAUUCAGCAAAUUCAAUUCAAGACGCGAGGGAGAAGAGGAUUUGGUAGACGGGGUUGAUGUUUGGGUCUCUUCAGAAAAUCUCAUUCUAUUCCAAAACACUCCCUCUCCUGUCGGCGUAUCUAUCCCAUACCCAUCUCUUGCUCUGCAUGCAACAAUGAAGUACAAAUCGACCAUCGAAGCACUAUACAUGAACAUCUCACUUAACGACGCCGAAACCGUCAACGAAGACGAUGACAUUCGUAUGCUAGAGAUUACCGUUUUGCCACCAUCUUACGCAACGAAACCUACCGACACAUGCAUUCCUGAGUUCUUCGCUGCACUGAACACAUGUGCGGAUCUUCAUCCUGACCCAGACGCUAGUGACGAUGAGGGCGAUGAUAUGCUAGAUGACACAGCGCCUGGUGCAUCGGGUUGGAUUACAGCAGACAACAUGGACGAAUAUCUCGAUGAAGACGGUAACUUCAAAGGCAUGGUGGUUGGAGAAGAGCUGGGUCCAGGUGCUGGCACAGUAAGGACAAGGGAAGAGGCAGACGAUGGAUCGCAUGGCGUCAAUGUAGCUGAUGGGCACGAAGAAAAGUACCAUCGUACGGGCUAGGUGCUGGGCAAAACAACAAAAAUGUAAUGAACAUGAUGAGUUGAAUUUCUAGAUGAUACCCCAUGGCGAGACACCCUGUCUCGGGUCGGAUAGCAUAGCUUGUAUGGACACUUGUACCAGUGCAAACAUACUGGUUGACAGUCUCGAGAAGUGUUCUCCACCUAUCCAAAAAGCAAAAGACAGAGAAUAAGAAAUCUAAAAGUAGUACAUCGUCUCCAUCGUCUCAUCGCCACUGUCAACCUCUGCGAUACUCAGAUGAAGUCUUCCCCUUAUGGCCUCCCAAGCCACCCCGAUCAUCUUCUCAUUCGAUCAUUCAAGCCUCUUCUCCCAUCCUUCCUUGCCAUGUGAUCUCUAUCACAUUUGUCCCGCAGCUGCUCUCAGUGAAGUGUGUGGACGAACAUACAUAU